GUCGCGAGAGCUCCUUGGUGACGCAAACCCCCACGUGACCUGGAGCUGCAGAGCGACGCAGCCUUCGGUGCAGUCAUCACUCCCUUCUGGGUACCAGCUCCCCGCUGCCCUGCGCAGGCGGGCUGGCAUCGGGCCCGGAGCAGCCAGCGGGAGCAAUGGCGUCCGGAGAGGAACAAGUGGCUAAAAACCUCAACGUGGAAGAUGCCCAACAGGAAAACGAAGGAGGAGACCAGGUCCCUGUGCAAAAUGAGGAGAAAUCAUGCCAUUUGGGAGGAGGCGAAGCCCAGAAGCCUCGAGGAAAUGUCAGGCUGGGGUGGGUUAAGCGACUUGUCCCUAAUUUUCGUUGGGCCAUAUCUAAAGAGCGUGUCGAUCACAUUGAAGUGAGAGAUAAUAGAGAAAAGAUGGCAGUGCAGCGGAUGGAAAUCAGGAGAAAGACUAGAGAGCAGCAAAUGAGACAUGUUACACGCUUCCAAAUUCCUGAACCUGAUAAUCACUAUGACUUUUGCCUUAUACCUUAAAUCCUAAGGUUUUCACUGAGGUUAAUAAUGCGGUCUCUGCUACAAAAGCUAGUAGUUUUGUGAUUUACUUUUCUGUAAACCUUUUGAUGUUUCCUCUUACUAGUUUCUAAUUGAAUAAUGUUUUUGUCUCAGUAUAAAACUCUCUGUCCAGCAAGGCAAUUCCACCCAGUUUUUUUUUUUUAAAUAUUCUUUUCAUGAUGUAUUGUAAAUUAAUAAAGCAGCUUAAAAA